CACAGAAUCUCCAUUUCCUUCUUCAGUUCGCCUUUUGAUCUCUUUUAUUUAAUCCUUUUCCCCCCCUCCAACCUCAUCACCUUCUUCUUCUGACAGAAAAUCCAGAAAAAAAUGGAGGCGCCGGAGAUACGCCGGAAGAGGAAGCGCACGAUAAAGUCAUUGUGGAGUAAUUGUUAUUUUUUCUCUGCAAGAUCACUUUUUGUAUGCUUCUCCUUCUUCAUCUUCUUCUUCUUUCUCAUCUUCUUUGAUCGCUUCUCCUUUGGCUUUCAUCCCAAUUUAUCUCCUUCUUCCUUGUCCCUUUUUUAUUAUAGCUCUGCGAGUUACUCAAUUCUUGAUUCUUUAAAUUUCAACCAAACCUUUCUCCGCCUUCCCUUCACACUCCAACACCGCAUACUCUUCCCCGAUCACUUACUUCUUAUAGUUACCGGCCGCGAAAUUCCCCGGAGCCACGAACUGGAGUGUGUUUACUACAAGCUCGCGAAUCUUUCCGAGGAAGUUGUUAACCCUGUUCUCGAUGUUCUUUCUCUACCAGUAAUUUCCACAGACCAAUACGCCGAGUUUCGGUAUAUCGUCAGGUGCCCGAUUCCUCCGACGAACUACUCCUACGCCGCCGUCUUUUUGCGGCGCUGCGGCGGCGAGGGAGGUGAUCGGCAUAGAAGUUGGGAGUUGCUGACGAACCAGACGAAUCAUUCUUGGAAUAAUUUAGCGUACGAGGCGUACUUAGAUGGAGACACCGUCGUUGUGUUCGUUAAGGGACUCAAUCUCCGACCCCACCAGAUAUCCGACCCGACCCAAUUUCGAUGCCACUUCGGGUUGAAAAAUGGCGAAUUCAUCCUCAAAACGGAAGCAAUCUCCGCCGCGCAAGAAGUAGUUCGGUGUUCAUUACCACGGAGCAUCGCGAACAACCCGAAUAAAGCUCAUGGCUUUCGGGUCACCGUGAGCCGUGCGGGUCAAAAUAAAAGACGUCCGAUCCAUAAACUCAUGCCAUCGGUAGCCACAAUUCAGAACAGAGUGGCGGAGACGACGAUCACGAAGAAGAAGAAGAAGCACGACCUCUGUGUCUGUACCAUGGUGUGGAACCAAGCCUCUGCUCUUAAAGAAUGGAUCAUUUAUCAUUCAUGGCUCGGGGUAGAACGAUGGUUCAUCUACGACAAUAACAGCGACGACGACAUCGAAAACAUUAUAGAAGAACUCGACCUCGAAGGCUACAACGUGAGCAGAACGACAUGGCCAUGGAUUAAGACCCAAGAAGCUGGCUUUUCUCACUGCGCCUUGAGAUCAAAGCAAGAAUGUAACUGGGUCGGCUUCUUCGACGUGGACGAGUUCUUCUACCUCAAAAACAGAGGCCACCACCAGAACGGACUCAAAUUACUGGUCUCCAAUUUCUCCUCGUCAUCGUCGAAACUCGCAGAGAUAAGAACAGCAUGCCAUAACUUCGGUCCUUCUGGAUUAACCUCGCAUCCUAAACGAGGAGUUACUACAGGAUACACAUGUCGAAUGAAGAACGCAGAGAGACACAAAUCCAUUGUUAAACCAGAAAUGCUGGAUACGAGUCUGUUGAACGUGGUUCAUCAUUUUCAAUUAAAGGAAGGAAUGUGGUCGGUGCAGGUGAAGGAAGGAGAAGGAGUGAUAAACCAUUAUAAGUAUCAAGUGUGGGAGAGAUUCAAAGAUAAGUUUUUGAGAAGAGUGGCGACCUAUGUGGUGGAUUGGCGCGAGGACAAGAACACAAGGUCAAAGGACAGAGCACCUGGACUAGGAACUCAAGCUAUAGAACCACCUAAUUGGAGGCUAAGGUUUUGCGAGGUUUGGGACACCGGUUUGAAGGACUUUGUUCUCUCUCAUUUUGCUGACCCUGAAACUGGGACCCUUCCCUGGGAAAAUUCCUCUCAAGUACAGUAAUAAUAAUUAUCAAAUCAUGAACUGGGUUCUUCUGAAAUUUAGCUUAUCAGAAGCUCGCCAAGAGAAUGAGAUCCGAAGAAACGUAAUUUAUUAUCUACUCCCUUGAGAUCACACGACACCGGUUUGAGGUUUCUAUGUCUUCGAAUUUACUCUGAACUGAAGUUGACGAAUUGACCUGCACCCCAGGAAAUUGCUCAUAGAAGUUACUUUUUUCUUUUUGGGUACCUAGAAUUGAUUUUUAUUUUGGUUUCUGGGGCCUUUCUGUGAAAAAGUUGUUUUUUUUUUAAUAUUCUGUGGAUUAUUUUUUUGGACAGAGAUAAUUUAUAGACGAAAUGCAGUGGUUGGACUCGCAUAUUUGUAAAUCCUUUGACAGUGUGAAUGUAAUUCCCAAAAUCCCCUGCUCUUGCCCUGUUUUGCUUUUA